AUGGCACAACAAAUGGAAAUCGACUUUGACGUUCCCAAGUUUCUUCACGACGAAAGACAAAAAGCACCUGCACAGCUGCAACACUAUUACACCACAUUUGAAGAUUUAUACGAGAGAAAAUUGUGGCAUCAAUUGACACAAUCAAUCCUCGAAUUCUUUAACCAACCAGAGUCGGCACCGCUCCAGAUUCCCUUGUUUAGACAGUUCAUUGCAGAAUGGGAAAACAAGAUCAACAAGUUGUCUUUGGUAUCGAUCGCUCUUAAGGCGGCAAAUAACUGCUCUAAAUCACAAGACUCUGUUAGCUUUUUGAACGACAUCAGCACCAAAGUCGACACUCCAGAUACCAAAGAUGUUUACGUAUUGGCCUUGAUGGAGGCAGCACACUUCAAAUUACAGCUGCAACAAUUCGACGACGUCAAGAAGGCCAUUGACGAAUCGGAUAAAAUCCUCGAACAGUUUGAUAGCGUCGAGACGGUCAUAUACGCCAGCUUUUAUCGUGUCAGCGCCGAGUAUUACAAAGCCAAGGCAGAAUAUGCCCAAUAUUACAAGAGUGCGUUGCUUUAUCUGGCAUGUGUUAAUGUGGAUGAGUUGUCGCCCGAAGAAAAGGUUGGAAGAGCAUAUGAUUUGGCUCUCUCGGCUCUUCUAGGUGAAAUGAUUUACAACUUUGGUGAACUGUUAAUGCACCCCAUCCUCGACUCGCUUAGCGGCACUGAACACGAUUGGUUGCGAUCACUCUUGUUUGCAUUUAACAGCGGUGAUAUUGGCAAAUUUGAGGCUCUUGCACCACAUUUCAGCAAGCAGUCUUUACUGCAACAAAACUCGGAGGCAUUGAGCCGAAAGAUAUGUCUUAUGUCAUUGAUUGAAGCCGUUUUCCGUCGAUCAAGCGAUAACCGUGUCAUUCCAUUUGGUGAGAUUGCAGCAGAAACUAGAUUGUCCGUGGAUGAGGUUGAGCAUCUCGUCAUGAAGGCGCUGUCGCUUAAACUAAUUCGCGGUUCGAUUGACCAGGUCGACCAGUUAGUGAUCGUUACGUGGGUGCAGCCACGCGUGCUGGAUAAGGAACAGAUUGAUGGCAUGCGGCGACAGAUUGAAGAGUGGAACAACCAAGUCAAGAAGAUUGGAACGUUUGUUGGUGAUCAGGGUGGUGAAGUGUUUGCUCAAUAG